AGCGGCGGGGGCCUGGGGAACGGGGUAGCGGUGCCGGCCGGAGGCAGCGCUCCCCGUGAGGCCGAGGGGCUGCGGGGGCAGCCGCGUGCGGGCCCCGUCCCGGUGCCGCCCCUCUGGGUGCUCGGACGUACUUCCCAGCUGCGCCGUGCCCGUCCCGGGGCGUUGGGUCUGCGCACAUCCCCGGCGCUGGGUCAAAGUCCGCGGUUUCCUCUCGUUGGCCCCGGCAGCGGCCGGGUGUCGCCAGCAGCCGCGUUCAGCGGGGAUGCGUCACCUCGGGGAUGCUCCGGCGGCGUUUCCCCAGCGGCGGUGCCCGUGGCCGCCGCAGCCAGGGGCCGGCCGGGCAGUUCCUGGUUCGUGCGAGGUCACGGCGGGGGCUGGCACGCGGUUCCCUGCGCGGUUCCUUGGCUCUGCCCUUCCCGGCUGCGUCCGAUUCUUUCUAAGAAACUCGAGGCUGGAGCUGCGGGUUCUGCCCGGGCCUCCCGAGUUGAGUAGUGCAUCAGCAGAGAGAAAUUAGUUUCUCUCUAAUUGGGCUUUUAGACGCUAAUUUGCUUCUCGGAGACCUGUGCCAGGUUGGCCUGCUCCAGAACGUGAGUCAAAGAGCGGAGCAGUGUGAAUUAUUAUCACCGAGCAGAGCACCUGCAGGGCUGAGGCCGGGUGGGUACGAACCCACCUUGGCAGGAGCGGUGCUGGCUGCAGAGUGAGCGGAUCUGCUUGGGCGAAGCCUGGUUCUUUGUGCCUCGCCAUAUAUCAAGCAGCCCCGCUAAUGAGCACCUCUUGUUAAUAGGGGCUCGUUGGUACCGUGUGCCGGUUUUCCUGUAGAGCUGAUUUUAUCUUCCCCCUGCCAGGACUGGCAUGGACCUGCAGGGCAUUGUGCUUUGUAAUGUCUUUAAUAAGCACUGUCUUAAUGCGGUUGGGCUUCUGCCAUUGCUGCUGCGCCUGGGGAGCACGUGGGGCAUGAGAACCUUCUGUUUUAUUCCCUCAAAGCUCGUCCCCACGUGCUCUGUUUGGAGGUGUCCCAGAGCCGUGGGGAUGUGGCACUGAGGGCUGUGGUCAGUGGGCAUGGCAGGGGGGGGGGUUGGACCUGGGGGUCUCUGAGGUCUUUUCCAGUCUUAAUGAUUCUAUGAUUGUAUGAGCAGCAAAGCCUUGAUAGAGGCCAGCCUUUAUUCGGGCACAGUCUCACCACUCAUUGCUUUGAAACAGACUUGUGUCCGACCGAGGUGCCUCCCUGCACCGCUGGAGCCGGGCCCGUUGCCGGCAGGUGCCCUUAUCUCCCUCAUUUCUCCUCUGUCAUAGCAACGGGAGCGAACACUCACUCAGUUGCUAAGGUUAUGGGGAUAAUGGGGUCUGGUGCCGGGGCAGAGAGUAAUUACAGCGCGUCUUUGAGGGAGCGGCUGGAAGGGACACGGGGCUGGGAUGGCACGGGGGGGGGGCACAGCAGCCCUGGGGGAAGCGAUGCGCUCGGAGCAGGCACGGUAAUUACAGCAGCACGGCGGCUGGGGAGCAGGAGCUCGGCUCUGGCCGACUGCUUCAUUUUGGUUGGUUUUUUUUUGUUUUUUUUUUUUUAAACGAAGUAUUUAAAAGAAAAAACAAUAAUUGCCUAAUUAAUUUCCUAUAAAACCAAAUUAAAACAGAGGCGAGCUGCUUAGCUGAAAUAAGCAGGCCGUGAAAGCUGGCUGGGGAGCUCCUGAUGGGUCUGCCGAGGGCGUUCUGGUGUUUGCAGGGCUGCGAGGGGUUCGUGCUUGGCGGGCACCUGCAGUCAGCUCGGUGCAGGCCCCGCAGCCACUCUCAAUGUCAGCACCACCCUCCGGCUUUAGCCGGGAUGCAGUCACAGUUUGAGGUGGAGAACGUGAACCUGGAGCACCCCCAGAGCUGCCCAGUGGGAAGGGGCUCCCAGUUCCACAUUGUGGGGUCAUCACCAGCACAGCCCUGCUGCUUCCUCUCUGCUCUCCAUCGGAGCGGUGCGGUUCCGCAUCCCCCCUGUGCUGCCGGCUCACUGCUGAGCGCAGCCAGGUGUGCGCAACGCCGCGUUAACGAGGAUUUGUUCCGCGUGAUUUCUUCCAUCAUAGGGAAAGGAGCAAACAGGUGGAGGGCUGUUCAGCCGGUCACAGGAUGCUGGGAAGGAAAGAACUCCCUCGCAGACCGUGCAGAUGACUCCCAGCCCGGCGUGGCUCUGCUAUCGGUGUUUCUGAUUAGGCUGCGUGCGCUGCACUCCGUGUCCUGGACAGAGAUAAGAGGGAGGAUGCUUUGUGCUGUCCCCACUCUGGUGUCCUCCAUCCUGUGGCCGUGCGUGUUCCUUUCUUUCCAACCCUGUUCCUGUUCCCCCCCAGCAGAGCCCGCAGUCCCACGGUGUUCUCAUUUCCUCCACUGAGGCACUUGUGUCCAACUCACUGGGCUUUUUGCAGAGGUGAAGUGCAGAGCCACCUGCAGCGUUUUGACUCGCCUUCAUCUCUGCUGGAGCAGAUAAAGCUCAGCAGAGCAGGGCUGGAUGCAUUCAGCUGUUUCCCACCCUGCGUGCACAGCUGCUGGCAAAGCAAAGUGCCGGUCCUGGGGCUGACCUCCAGAUAGGCCCCCCCAGCUGCUGGGCACUGCCGUGCAUGGGCUGUGCUUUGCUCCAGGUGUGCCUGAGUGGGAGGGCAGGCCGGGCUGGAGCAGCUCUGAGCUCUUGAUGGAGCCGCGGGUGUCCCUGCGCCUUGCAGGGCAGUUGGUCCAGAUGGCCUUAAAGGUCCCUUCCUACUGAGCCAUUCUGUGAUGUGGGGCCGACCCUUCAGGAGGGGGCUGCUCCGUGGGCUCUGCAGCCCAGGUCAGCGCCGUGUGCUGGGGCUGGUGGCAGCAGGCAGCUCAGCACGGGGCCGGAUCAAUCUGCACGUGCCGCUGCCGCUAUAAAAGGGCCAAGGCUGUGCUUGCUGUGGGGCUCCGUGCCUGGCACGGCGGCAGCUCCGCGUCAGCAGCAGCGUGGGUGCGGGUGCUGAGCCGCAGCGCCGGGUACGGUUUCAAAGCUGGCACCGGGUCUGUUCUGGGGAAGGUGCGCCAUGGCCGACACGAUUUUUGGCAGUGGGACGGGCCCGUGGGUGUGCCCCAACGACCGGCAGCUGGCUCUGCGUGCCAAGCUCCAGUCAGGCUGGUCGGUGCACACGUUCCAGACAGAGAAGCAGAGGAAGAUGCAGGCUCUGAGCCCGCAGGAGCUUGAGGUCAUUCUGGAAGUCAUCCACAAGGCAGAGAGGCUGGACAUUGUCGAGCAGCAGCGCAUCGGGCGCCUGGUGGAGAGGCUGGAGAACAUGAGGAAGAACGCGAUGGGGAACGGGCUGUCGCAGUGCUUGCUGUGCGGCGAGCUGCUCGGGCUGCUGGGGAGCACGUCGGUUUUCUGCCAGGAUUGCAAGAAGAAAGUUUGCACCAAAUGUGGCAUCGAAACGUUUGGAACCCAGAAACGUCCCCUUUGGCUGUGCAAGAUCUGCAGUGAGCAGAGAGAGGUCUGGAAGAGGUCUGGCGCGUGGUUCUACAAAGGGCUGCCCAAGUACAUCACGCCUCUGAAGAGCAGCAGCAGAGCAGGCGAGGUGCCCUCGCAGCCCUGGCAGGGCGAGCCCACGGCGCUGGAGGCAGGGAGCGUGGGGCCGGGCCGCUCCUUCACCUGGGCCAGGGGCAAAGUGGUUUCUAGCGACAGCGACUCGGAGCUCAGCUCUUCCAGCCUGGAGGACAGGCCCUCGUCUGCAGGGUCGAAAAGCUCUCCAGGAGGAAAGCAGCAAGGAGGACAGGUGCCUGCCAGGGAGCCCGGCCGUCCCACGAGGGUGUCCGGGAGCCGCAGCAGCGCGGGCAGCGGGCAGGGGGAGAGCUGCCACAGCGACCAGGCAGCGGAUGGGCACGACGGCGGCAGAGCCCCCGGGGAAAAAAACCUUUUUAUGCAAAGCUUGGCAGAAGGAGUCAGUGCUUUCCAGUGGGAUCUCUUGUUGCUGGCAGGAGGGAGCUGAAAUGCCAUGCAGGCAUGGAUGUACAUUAAGAAACCUGAAAAUUGUGAUCAUCUUGUGAGUCCAGUUAAAACAGUCCCUGAGAUGCAGAGAGCAUCCUGCUGAGAAGAAGGUUAAGCCAGCAGGAAUAUUGGUGGAGGUCUUCAUUACUGCUGGGGCCAUUCGUGUCCCAGCUCCUGGGGAGGGGCUCCUCAGCUCAGGGUCCGCAGGGAGGGUCCUGCAGGUGGAGGUGCCUCACACCUCGUGCCACGUGGCACCACAAGGACCUUAAAGGCAGAUCUUACUGUGGCUUUUUGGCUCUGAAACGUUGUAAUGCUAUAUGGGGAGCUGUUUUUGCUUUGUAUUAGCACCUCAGGUGUUGUUCCGGCUGUGAUUUUCUUCUUCCUUCUCGUUCUCACCUCUGCUCUCAUUCUGAUUUCAAGUGCAGUGUGGCAGAACCAUUCAGCACCCUUAAACCCAGGGCCUCAGGGAGUGGUGCUGCGAGCACAGUCCUCAGCUCUUUGAGCCCAAAGGCCAAGACAGCAGCGUGGUCACACGGCCAACACGGCCCAGGGAAGACGAGGAGCUAUUUGGAAGAGUUCUGCAGGUUUCCAGCACGGUGCUCCAGCUCCGGCUGGGGAUUGGUGAGGCAGAUAAUGAAGCCUGGGCUUUGUCAUGGAAUGAGUCAUUGUCAGCGCUGCGCCGGGAUUUAGGCAACCUCAGCCCUUGAGCCAAACUUGGAGAAGAGAGCAGUGAGUUGAGAAGCUGCCAAGGGCUGUUGUUUUUUUUACCACUUGUUUUCAGAAGCACUGUUUUCUGGGGCUUGGUGUCUCUUCCCGGUGCGAAGCUCCAGUUCCCGGAGGUGAAGACCUGCCGAGGUCCCCUCCAUCCUUAAGCACUGUGCCCGCUCUCAGGCUGGUGGUUCUCCCUCUUCCUGUGGCUCUUGCCUUCCUGUCCAUUGAGCACUGUGGGUGGAUGUAGGGAAGGUCGUGCCCUGGCUUUGCUGGAAAGUGUUUUAUCAUAAAGAGAAGGAAAAUUGCAGAUGAGAAAUGCACGCUCUCCUUUUUCCCCUUCCUUGCCCCUCCCUGGCAGGGGGGACUCCUUUCUUGUUGGCUGUACAGCUGAUGUGUUGUUCCCUUGAUGGGAGAAGAGCAAAAGCCUCCCUGUUCUUAAUUACGGCAUUUUUAUUAACGAAAGGGAAAAUUAAACAGCCUUAAACAAAGAAGCCAGCCAUAUAUUUUGAUGGAUUUCAUUAGCCCACGGAGAGCUCUUAAUGGAGAUUACAGCUUUGGGUUGAGGCUUGGCUGCUGCAGGGAACUGAGUAACAGCACAGGGGAAAGGCUGGGGUUCUGCUUUGGUGGGUCCCCACUGCAAAGCCCUUUCUGAGGAGUGGGUGAAUCCCACGUGGUGGUGGCUGGGGCACCGGGAUGCUCUGCAGGCAGGGAAAGGUGAAGGGGUUUGGGCUGUGGGGCUGGAGAAAGGUGUCACUUGUACUGCACCUCGAUAUGGCAAAGCAGCCACAAGACGAGCUAAUUAGCAGCAGGCAUCUGAGUGCAAAUCACAGUCUCUCCAUCGCUGCUCCUGUGCCAACGUGUUGUCUACAUCAUUAAUACUUAAAGAGCGGUGCAGCAGCUGGCGGUUAAACAGAGCCACGUUAAGCAGCGGCGGCUGGGAGCUGAGCGCUGAGGGCAAUGCCAGGUGAGCUCGGAGAAACAGGGGGGGCAGGGGUCCCACAGCUCCAGCAGAGCCCUUCUCCCCAUGCAGCAAAGCUGUGCUGAGCUGAGCAUGGAGUGCCGCUUCCAGCGCUCUUCCAUUGGGGAGACCCAUGCCCCAUCGUUCAGGAAUGGAUUAGGUUCAGGAAUGAGGUGGUGUCACUCCCUCCGUGGCUCCCUGGUUGGGGUAGGCGUCAAAGUUGGCUCAUAAAUAUGCAAGCUGCUAAUGGGGGAGACGGGCAGAGCCAUUGUGUGUAAUUUUCGUGGCAGGAGAAUGUCAGGCCACCUUUGAAGUGAAAGCAUUACCUUCUUCUUUCCUUUCCCUUCUGCCUCUCAGAGGUCGGGUUUGCUCCCCCAGGGACGAUGAGGAGGUAACAUUUUGCUUCGUUGGGUCUAUCUACUUCAUUCCAUGCAGGGAAAAAAAAAAAUUGUCCACACAGUAAUUAGGCUCCGAAUGAGAUAGUAAUUUCUGUAAUGACUUUCUUCGUGGCGGUCUUUGGGGAGGUGACUUUUGUUUUCCUGUGCUUGGCAAGAAAGUUGCUGCGAUUCCCCUCCCUUUCAUUGCUCUCCUGCCCCAUUUGCCCCCCUGUGCCGUGGGGCUGAGCCUUCCUGCUGCCAAUGAGGAGGAGCUGUCCCUCUUCCACAAGUGGAAAAAAUUGAAUUGUGCCUUCAUAGCUGAGAAGCUCGGAGCAGUCUCUGCCUUCCCCUAUCGCUGCUGCAGAGCACCAAAUGAGCCCGCUGUAUUUAUAAAUAAAACAUGUCUUCCAGUAGGGACUGCGCUAGGGAGUGAUUCAAGGUUUGUGCUUUAGGUACAGUGCACUUCUAAAUAGGAACCUCAGACAAAGCUGCUGCCCCUUCCCAUGUUUUAAGGAAUUAAAAUGUUUUCAUUUUUGAGGGGUAGAACCAAAACAUUUCCCUUUCUUUGAGGCUCGCCUUGAAGUCGGGUUCUCAAGCCUUUAUUCGCUUAAAAAAAUAAAUUACUUUCACCAUUUCUGUAAUUCUUCACGGCGUUUUAAAUUGAAGGCUUUUCCCUUGGAAAGAGAGGAAUGACAAAGACUCAUUCUCUUGUCUCUUUCACUCAGUACAUCUGGAACCAAGUCUGCGGCUGGAGAUGAAGCUCCUAUUUUAGUGCCUCUCCCAGCGCAGAGGUCUGUGCCUUUCCUCCAUUGCUCCUCGUUUCAUUCUCUACCCUUUGCAGUGGGUUUACUCCACGCUUUCCAUCGAGCAUUUUGCACGAGGCACCGAGGCCAAUGGUUGAUGUAAUCUUGCAAAACAAAGCAUAAAAGAGCACGGGAAGCAGAAUGCAGAGUUAAAUGUCUGAAUUUAGUGAGCGCAUCGAGAGGUUUUAUGGCUCGGAGUGAGGGUUAACUUCAAAUGGGGCCAGCUGCCAGGAGCUGGUGGGAGGAACCCGCAGGACUCCCUGUGCCAUGGGCAUUUUGCAUGAUGUGGUGACUGCAGACAGCAGUGUGAGGUUCAGGUUGGAUGUUAGGAAAAAACUUCUCCAAAGAGCAGUGAUGCGUUGGCACAGGCUGCCCAGGGAGGUGGUGGGAUCCCCGUCCCUGGAGGUGCUGGAGAGCCAUGGAGAUGUGGCACUGAGGGCAGUGGGCAUGGUGAGGUGGGGUUGGACUUGGGGUUCUGAGAUGUCUUUUCCAACCAGAAUGAUUCUGUGAUUGAUGAGCCCUGCUCUCCUGCACCCACCUCGCUCACAUCCUGGCCCCUCUCGGCAGCUGGGGAGGGCCUGGCUCUGUGGAUGCUGUUUGGAAACCACUGGUGGCUGAGGUUUGGCUUUCCGUCUGCCCUAGGUGGUGUGCCAGAACACCAGCUCCGUCAGCACAGCUUUUUCUUUCUCCUCCUUUCCCAAUUUGCCUGUCUUUUCUUUCUUUAAUAAAGUUUAAUGGGCCCUGACUGCUGACAGCGUGUGGAGUAAUGAUGCACAGACAUUCUCUUCAUUAUUAUUUUUAGGAAGCUCUUAAAAUGGCACCGAGGAGCUAAAAGCCAUCUCAAAUAACUUUUAUCAAGUCUCUCCCCUCCACUCCUUUCCACACAAAGAAGGGCAACAAGGCUGGAGCAUGAGUCUGUGUGAGCAGUGACGCAGUGGCACAGGCUGCCCAUGGAGGUGUUGGAGAACUGUGGGGAUGUGGCACUGAGGGCCGGGGUCAGGGGGC